AAAGUUGUAAAGUGUAAAGUUAGGUUAGGUUUACUUUACAUUUCCGUUUUCUCUAACAAGAGUUUUAAAUUUUUUAAUUAGUUUCUGUUUCUGCCAAAUAUCUAUUUUAUAAUUUUAAGUUUGAUUUGGGUUUCGAUUUUUCCAUCUUCAUGUACAUUUAUGUAUAAUAGUUUUGAAAUUUCUUGAAUCAAGAUGUUUUCAAGCCAAAAAGGUCAAAAAGCUUUAAGAAGAAUAUAAAUGGAACAGUUUUAAAGACUAAAUAAUUCACUCAAACUUAGCUCUUAAUGUGUUUGAAUAUUGUAAAAAAUAAUAUUCAAUAUUUAUUACAAAUUUGUCUGCAUAGAGUAAGCUUUACCUGAAAAAGUACAGAUUAAAAUUUGAGUUGUUAGGCCUAUAUAUUAUGAAAUAUAGUAAUGGUUUUAUAGAUAAAAUGAUUGGAAUAAUAUUGUUGAUUUGCACUAUUGGAAUUUCUGGAGCAAUUGUAGCAGAUGACUUUUGGCAUAAUGCAACUCUGGAAUUGGAAAUGGCUCUGCAUGUAAAAUUCAAUUUCAAUAGAGCAAAGAAUGUCAUUCUUUUUAUUGGAGAUGGCAUGGGACCGAAUACAGUCACUGCAUCCCGAAUCAUGAAGAAUGGAGAGGCUCAUCUAUUGUCAUUUGAGAAAUUUCCUCAUAUUGGAUUAAUAAAGACCUACUCUGUGGAUAAACAAGUUCCAGAUUCAGCAAGUACUGCAACCGCUCUCUAUUCUGGAACUAAAACAAACUACAGAACAGUCGGUGUGUCUUCGAAAGUGCCCAAUAAACAGUGCAAGCCGGCACUCGACAAAACCACACACCUUGAAAACAUCUUUGGUUGGGCUCAAGCUGCUGGACUAAAAACAGGAUUUGUGACAACCACCCGAGUAACACAUGCCACACCCGCUCCAGUCUACGCACACUGUCCUGAACGAGAUUGGGAAUGCAAUGCAAAAAUCCCAAACGACAUGAGAUUAUUAGGGUGCAAGGAUAUUGGCUGGCAACUCAUGAAUAAUGACAGAGGAAGGAAAUUGAAUGUUAUAAUGGGUGGCGGUUUGCAGUGCCUUGACUCGAGUGCAGUCGCCAAACCGAACGAUCCAUUCGACAACUGGGCGUGUCGUCGAAACGAUGGUCUCAAUCUAACCGACGUCUGGAAAAGUGACAAGAAAAGGCAGUCUCUGCAGCACGCAUUCGUUCAAACCAAUAGAGAUUUGAAAUCAAUCGAUCCUAACACAGAGUACAUCCUUGGAAUUUUCUCGAAUUCUCACCUUCCGUAUGAAUACAAAAGAGAUAAAUCAGAUAACGGCAGUCCAUCUUUACAGCAAAUGACAGAAACAACCUUGCAGAGUUUAAAUCAUAACAGCAAAGGAUUCGUUCUAAUGGUUGAAGGAGGAUUGAUAGAUUUCGCACAUCAUAGAGGCCACGCACGAAUAGCUCUUGAAGAAGCAUUGGAGUUCGAUCGAACUGUUGAGUGGACAAUGAACUGGCUGAGCAAAUUGCAAAUAUUAGAAGAAACUCUGGUGAUCGUGACCGCUGAUCAUGCACAUAGUCUAAUGAUUAAUGGAUAUCCAAAUCGCGGAAAUAACAUAUUAGGAAUUGCUCAAAAUUCGAAAAUGGAUGGUGUUCCAUUUACAACUCUAACGUAUGGAACUGGUGGUCCAAAUAAUUACCAAUUCAGUAGAGAGGAGGAAGUCGGACUACGCCGGGAUCCUUCGAAAAAUGAUACAACUGACUAUGGUUACUCUCAACAGUCGACAAUACUCACAGAAGAGGUCCAACAUGGAGGUAGUGAUGUCGUCGUAUAUUCGCAAGGUCCUAUGUCUCAUCUCUUCCAUAACGUACAUGAACAAAGCUACAUUGCCCAUGUGAUUGCAUACUCAGCAAAAAUUGGACCAUACAGGAAUGCAGCACCAAGUUUCUAUGGUAUAGCUACUAUUAUAUUUUCAAUCGGAUCUACUUUUCUGGCUAUUAGAUUAUUGUCUUAGUUGAAUAACUUGACCGCUUAUUCAUCACUUUCAAAUUGUAAAGUAUUAUUUGAAAAUCUGUUGUUACAUUAUCCUGUUAAAUGUUGUACUCGCAUGUUCAGUAUUAUACUGUUAUUUGUUGAA